AUGGCUAAAACUACAAAGAAAAAACCUGCAACAAAACCAGAUCCAGCAAAGGAUAUUGCUGGAGCAAAGAAGGUUGUUGCAAGUAAAAAAGUUACUGCAAUCAAGAAAUCUCCUGCAACCAAGAAAUCUCCUGCGGCCAAGGUGACUCCUAAAGCCAAGAAAGUUCCUGCAAAUACAAAGCAAUCUCCAAUUAAAGGUGCUAAGCUUCAAAGGAUUUCAAAAAAGCAAAUAUUGAUAAAGAGAAGAAUUAAGGAACUAGAAGCAUCAAAAGGAACAAAGAAAAGGUUAAAAUAUGAAGUGAAAGAUAGCAAUUAUGAACCAGAAGAAGAUCAGAAUGAGGAUUCUGAUGGUUCAUCAGAAGAAGACAGAAAAAAGGGAAAAGCUCAUUAA